AUGCUGUCAAGAUCUCCAGCAUCAAGGGCGAGCCGGUCUUGCUCCCACGGCCUUCUGCGCACCAUUGCAUCGAAGUCGUCGCAGAUCAGUUCGCAACAACUCCGCGGCGGAGCUACCAGUCUCAUAGCGCAGCGGUACAGAUGCACAAACACGCGGUACGAGUUUCCUCUUAAUUCUCCGGUCGGAUUCCCCCGGAAAACUGCUACUGGAUAUCCAAUCGGAUUGAAGGAUGGACGGCGAUAUGCGUCUACGGUGCCCCCUGCAGAUGGCAAUGUCAAUACGGAUCGCAAGGACGCUGUCUACGAUGUGAUUGAUAGGAUUGAACAGAAUGAGAUGGAAAUGGCUGAGCUUAUGGAUGAGUUGAGCUUAUUGGAUGACUAUUGGGAAGCUCUCAAUCUUGAUGGUCCAGAGCUUGAUCAUGCAUUUAGCGAGACGAUCGGCCAUCGGGACCCGGAGACUCUAGAAGCGCGCGUGCAGGAGGCGAGGCAAAUGUUUGGGGACACUCUACCCGAUGGAUAUCUGAACGACACUGAGUUGCGGUUGUACACCCAGUUGUAUGGCGAGCCAAUCAUUCGGGAGGAGGAGUUGGAGCUUGAAGCGGAGGGAGAUGAGAAGGACCCCGAUGUUUUAUACCGUGAGGAUGGCCAGGGAGGAUGGGAGGCAGUGGAUUUCGAGCAGGCUGAGUUAGAGGAUGAGCCACCUGUGGUGUAUGAUAUGGAGGCUGGCCCGGUCGAGGAUGAAUCUAUCGCCAUGCAACGGACACGGGAAGUGGCAGAGCAGCUCGGCGGAGAAAUCAUGCUGGAGCAGUUCGAAGAAGACGCAAACCCGGAUGACACACCUCGACUACAUCCUCUCACUGUGGAGGGGAAGUUCUCUACUGAUCCCAGUACUGUUUUCUUGCCCAAGGAUACAGUAACUGGUCCCAUUUCCAUCAUUUUAUCGGACUACGCCAAUAAACAUAUCGCAGAUGUUGCCCAUCGCACCUUUGGCGGUACGCGUCUUCCUUAUUCCACUACCACCCCACCACCACGCGCACAGAUGCCUCAGCUUCCUAUUCCACUAGAAGCUUCCCAGCGGCACAUGACGGAAAUGGAGGCGAAUGCAUACAUUGCGGCUCUGUACCCUGGAAUGUAUACCUCCAUUCUGAGUACUCUGGUCGAGGUCCGAAAGCGCUUGGGCACAGAGUGGUUGCGUGGGCUCAUCUCGAAAGAAGAUGGCCCGCAAAUCCUUGAUGCCAGUGGUGGUGGUGCAGGCGUCCUCGCCUGGCGAGAUGUCAUUCGCGCAGAGUGGGAGACGAUGGUGCCAGACCAUCCGAAGAAAAGUCCUUAUCCUAUGGGUAGAUCAACUGUCGUCACUGGUUCGGAGUCCCUACGAAAUCGCGCAAGUUUGAUGUUGGAGAAUACUUCAUUCCUACCACGCCUGCCUGACUACGUUCACAUCCGCGAGAAACCAACUCUAGAUGAUGAGAGAGCUCCUCCAAAGCGAAAGCAGUAUGACAUAAUCGUCGCUCCCCAUAGCUUGCUCGGCAUAGAUGAGGAAUUCUUACGCAAAGAGCACGUGGAGAACCUGUGGAAUCUUCUCAACCCCGAUGGCGGUGUUCUGAUUCUUCUCGAGAAGGGACACCAGAAAGGAUUCGAAGCAAUUGCUGGAGCUCGUGAGAUGCUCCUUAAGCGUCUCAUCUCAAGUCCUGGCUCUACAGAAUAUACCAACUUCACUGAGUCGCCAAUUGAGGAAUCACAUAUCGAGAAGGAGCCCGGAAUGAUCGUCGCGCCCUGCACUAACCAUGAGAAAUGCCCCAUGUUCAGCGUUCCUGGCCAUUCCAAGGGACGCAAAGAUUAUUGCCAUUUCCAGCAGAGAUAUAUCAGGCCCCCAUUCCUCCAGCGCAUCUUGGGAGCCAAGGAUCGGAACCAUGAAGACGUCAAGUUCAGUUAUAUCGCUGUACAGCGUGGCGUGGACUUACGUGAGACGAAGGGUAUCGUACAAGGCCCCGAGGCUACCGAAGCAGCCUUUGCUGGCUACGAAGAUCUACAUGAAACAGCUGUAGAAGAGACGGAAGCAUCAAACGAAGCUGCUGGCUCCCAGGCUGAGCCAAGCGAACAGGCAAAGCCCGAGAACUUCCACACCUUAUCUCUUCCUCGUAUUGUGUAUCCUCCAAUGAAACGCCGCGGACAUGUCAUCUUUGAUUUCUGUACGCCCGCUGGAAAGAUUGAGCGCUGGACAGUUCCCCGCUCCUAUAGCCGUCAGGCAUACAAAGAUGCUCGCAAGUCAAGCUGGGGAGAUCUGUGGGCUCUUGGUGCGAAGACCCGCAUCCCAAGAAGCUUGAGAAUCGGUGAUAAGCAUGGCGAAGGCAAGAAAGAACGUUUGGCCAGGCGGGCAGCUUUCAGGGCUGAAUUAGCUGAGGAGGGUGAACUUGAGCAGCAGGCCGAGGGUUCUGACUGGCCCGAAGUGCUAAUCCCGCAGAGAAAGAAGGGUCAAACAAUUCCCAGUUGGAAAAAGCAUGUGGACAAGAAGAAGGUGAGACAGGCUUCGAAGAAGCAUGCCGCUGCGAAAGUAGCGCAGAAUGACUUUUUGGUUUGA